ACCCCCCGGCAGUACUGGGGGGGACCCAGUGCCGCCCUCCCGCCGCCAGGGGGCGCUGCCGCCCCGGUCCCGAUCCAAGAUGGCGGCGGCUGCGCGUGCCCUGAGGGUACUGCCCUGUGCCCUGCCUGUCCCCCGGCACCUCCACACCACCCCCGCCUGCCUCAAGACGCGGGCGGCGCGGGUCCGGGUGGGCAAAGGGGACAAGCCCGUGACCUACGAGCAGGCACAUCCCCCCCACUACAUCGCCCACCGCAAGGGCUGGCUCUCCCUGCACACCGGUAACCUGCACGGCGAGGCAGGCGCGGCAGAGCGGGCAGUGGAGGACUCGUUCCUGCGCCGCUUCAUGUAUGGCACCUUCCCGGGGCUCCUGGCGGACGAGGUGGUGCUGAAGCGCCGCGGGAACCUGCUGGUGAUCUGUGCCCUGCUUAGCCGGGCACUGCCCCCCAGCAAGAUCUACUUCCUGGUGGGCUACACCGAGACCCUCCUGAGCCACUUCUACAAGUGCCCCGUGCGCCUGGAGCUGCAGACGGUGCCCGCCCGCGUGGUCUACAAGUACCUGUAGUGCCCGGCAAUAAACACCUAGCUCUGA